AUGGAUCUUCUCCUCCUAGAGAAAGCCCUCAUAGCUCUGUUUGCAGCUAUUAUUGGCGCAAUCUUUAUCUCUAAGCUACGUGGCAAGAAAUUCAAACUUCCUCCGGGACCCAUUCCAGUUCCCAUUUUUGGUAACUGGCUCCAAGUUGGUGAUGAUCUCAAUCACCGGAACUUAACUGAUCUAGCCAAAAAAUUCGGUGAGAUCUUCCUCCUUCGCAUGGGACAGCGCAACCUCGUUGUAGUGUCGUCGCCUGACCUCGCCAAAGAGGUACUCCAUACCCAGGGCGUUGAGUUCGGGUCUCGAACACGAAACGUCGUGUUCGAUAUAUUCACCGGAAAAGGGCAGGACAUGGUGUUUACAGUCUACGGCGAGCACUGGCGCAAGAUGCGACGGAUCAUGACGGUGCCGUUCUUCACCAACAAAGUGGUGCAGCAGUACAGGCACGGAUGGGAGGCUGAGGCGGCUGCGGUUGUGGAGGAUGUGAAGAAGAAUCCAGCGUCUGCGACGGAAGGUAUUGUGAUCAGGAGACGGCUACAGCUCAUGAUGUACAACAACAUGUUUAGAAUCAUGUUCGAUAGGAGAUUCGAAAGCGAAGAUGAUCCGUUGUUUUUGAAGCUGAAAGCAUUGAAUGUGAAAGAGAAAAGGCUUCAGCUCUUCAAGGACUACUUUGUUGAUGAAAGGAAGAAACUUGGAAGCUCGAAGAAAUUGGACAACAAUCAACUGAAAUGCGCCAUUGAUCACAUUCUUGAAGCUAAGGACAAGGGAGAGAUUAACGAAGACAAUGUUCUUUACAUUGUUGAAAACAUCAAUGUUGCUGCAAUCGAAACAACUCUAUGGUCAAUCGAAUGGGGAAUCGCCGAGCUCGUGAACCACCCUGACAUUCAGUCAAAGCUCAGGCACGAGCUCGAUACGAAACUCGGGCCCGGUGUUCAGAUCACCGAGCCUGAUGUUCAGAACCUCCCUUACCUCCAAGCAGUCGUCAAAGAAACCCUACGUCUCCGCAUGGCGAUCCCACUCCUGGUCCCACACAUGAACCUCCACGAUGCCAAGCUGGCGGGCCAUGACAUCCCGGCCGAGAGCAAGAUCUUGGUCAACGCGUGGUGGCUAGCCAACAACCCUGAGCAAUGGAAAAAGCCCGAGGAGUUUAGGCCCGAGAGGUUUUUGGAAGAGGAAGCAAAGGUUGAGGCUAAUGGGAAUGAUUUCAGAUACUUGCCUUUUGGAGUUGGGCGUCGGAGUUGUCCUGGGAUUAUACUGGCGUUACCGAUUCUUGGUAUUACAAUCGGGCGUUUGAUACAAAACUUUGAGUUGUUGCCACCACCGGGACAGACUAAGAUUGAUACGAGUGAGAAAGGGGGACAAUUUAGUUUGCAUAUCUUGAAGCACUCGACUGUCGUUGCUAAGCCAAGGUCCUUUUAAUGAAUUUUGUUUAUGUUUUUUUGUUUUGUUAACCACGUGUUAGAGUGUUGUUGUGUGAUGUGGAGAUUUUGAAUUUGAUUUGUAUAUCGUUUUCUUUACUUUGUACUUGUAAUCAUGAUAUACUAAUAAGUCGUCACACACACGUUUUUUGUAUUCGGGGUUGUCACAAACACUUGAAAAAUGAGAAACGUUGAUAACAAGGAAAUGUGUGAAAUGAGUGGGUCGAAGAAAAUGGGUUUGACCGGAUGAUCAUGUUACGUAUAACAAUUGGUACAAGAAAAUUCUAUAAUAACCCGAUUUGUUAUUAUUAAGAGCGCAAAAUCAUGGUG